AGGAGGGGGCUGUGUGUGUGUGAGAAUAACUAACCAAUCACAAUACGUAUCCAUUGGAGAUGUUUUCUCACUAACCAAUCAGUGGAUCUCUAGGCUUCUCUACUCUGUCCAAUGUUCCAGAAUGCCUACAUCUGAAAGCUCCGGUCUUGUUCUGCGUGCAUGUGACACAAGGCGCUUAUGGUAUUUAAAACAGCACCGUGGACAGACACCGUGCUGAAGUGGACAGCUCCCGUUCAGAUGAAGAAAAAAAAGCCACACGAUACUUAGACAACCAACCAACCAUCGAUCUAGUCACAGUUUGAUUUGGUUCGUCCAGCGGGAUGGGUCUGUCUCUCACGGCGAGCUGACAUUUAACAGCGUUUUGUUUUAUAUAAUCAUCAUCAUCCAGAUGUGCAUCUAAGAAGACCGCGACGGCAUUAAUGGACUUUCCGUAAUUUUUUUGUUGCGAGCCGACGCUGCCGGAGUUGUUCUGUCUGGAUACUGUGGAGUUGUUCUGAUGUUUAAUGGGAAACACCUGUAGCUGAAUCUGCUACACAGUCUCUAAUAUAUUGGACUAUUAUUACCCACAAACCAACAGAAAUGUUUUGAUACACAUCUAUUUUCUGCAGGCAGGGAGGGCUGGUCUCUCUGACGCCGUCGGCCAUCUAAUCUCCAAUGCAAAAGAGCGAAGGUAAAGCCAUUUACUGGUCCAUUAAUAUCUAAGCUUCUCUCUCGGCUCUCUGUGCUGCUCGCAGACAGGAACAUGGAUAGAGAGGAAAUCGCUGUGACAAGAGCUGUGACUGGAUUCGUAUGGAUGGUGUUCUCUUGUCCAAACUAAAAAAUCUAAUCAAAAAGACAGUGGAAUCGAGCUCAACAGCCGACCACGGUGCGUCUGGCGGUUCGCGAUCACCCUCCUUUUUUGCUGUUGUUGCGCACCGCUUUUUAAAAAAUUAAUUGAAUGCAUUUUUAAUGUAGCCGGGGGAGAUCAGAGGUGGGCUUAUAUUUGAAUUAAAAAACAACCAUGGGGGGCACAGAGGAGUGUAAAACCAUGCUGGAUGCUCUGAACAAAGUCACAGCGUGCUACAGGCACCUGGUCAUCGCGCUGGGCAGCACAUCGGACUCUCAGAACCUGCGUGAGGAACUCAAGAAGACCCGGAAGAAAGCCCAGGAGCUCGCGGUGGCCAACCGGAAUAAACUAACCGAGUUGCUCAAAGACAAGACCACCAGCAAGGACGACCGGGCUGAGUAUGAGAGGCUAUGGGUGCUGUUCACCAGCAGCAUGGAGCUACUGGAAGUGGACAUGAAGCGGAGCUUGGAGAUAGGGCAGGAGUUCCCCCUCAAGGUGCCCACCAGACACCUCAUCCAGACGGGCAUGACCGGCAGCACCACCACGGUGGCAGCCAGGGCCAUGUCUGUGCAGAACAUGAAGUACGACGCGGACAGCAACAUCGACACUGCCGACCUGAAGGAGCUCCAGACUGAGAUCACCCAGGUGGGCCAGAUGAUGGAGGAGAUGGAGAUGAAGGUGCAGGUGGCUCCGUGGGCCGUGGAAGCCAAGCAGGAGGCCGGCGCCGAGCUCAAAUCCACCCUGAGCGUCGGGAACUCCUCCGUGGGCGUCAUUUCCAUCUGUGAAGAGGAGCCCAAAGACGAGAUAGAUGAAGGGGGUGACAAUAACGGAAUGAUCACAUGCAUCGCUGGGUUCAUAUUCGUUGCUAUUGUAGUAAUCGCCGGGAUUCUAGGAUACUUUGUAAUCGGUGGAUAGGAUACUUAGUAUUGAACGUUUUGAGCCAGCCUGGGAAUACUUCACAGAUAAACAGCGGGCGCAGCUCAGAGACAGAUACAGCCCGGGAUGGACACUAGGCAGGUUAUAUGCCCGGAGAAACGGCUCUGUUGUUGAGGAGAGAGAGACUAGCGCGAGGAGCUGUCCAGGUGAUGAAAACUGUUGCGUCUGCAUCCCAAAUGGCACCGAUUCCCCAUAUAGUCCUCUACUUUAGACCAGAGUCACUGCAAGGCGUUAUUCCAUAUAGUCCUCUACUUUAGACCAGAGUCACUGCAAGGCGUUAUUCCACAUAUAGUCCUCUACUUUAGACCAGAGUCACUGCAAGGCUUUAUUCCACAUAUAGUCCUCUACUUUAGACCAGAGUCACUGCAAGGCGUUAUUCCAUAUAGUCCUCUACUUUAGACCAGAGUCACUGCAAGGCUUUAUUCCACAUAUAGUCCUCUACUUUAGACCAGAGUCACUGCAAGGCGUUAUUCCAUAUAGUCCUCUACUUUAGACCAGAGUCACUGCAAGGCUUUAUUCCAUAUAGUCCUCUACUUUAGACCAGAGUCACUGCAAGGCGUUAUUCCACAUAUAGUCCUCUACUUUAGACCAGAGUCACUGCAAGGCGUUAUUCCAUAUAGUCCUCUACUUUAGACCAGAGUCACUGCAAGGCUUUAUUCCAUAUAGUCCUCUACUUUAGACCAGAGCCACUGCAAGGCUUUAUUCCACAUAUAGUCCUCUACUUUAGACCAGUGUAACUGCAACAUUUUAUCUCAGCCUCACAAUAAUAAUAAUAACAAUAAUAAUUUAUUCAGCUUCUAUAGUGUUUUUCAUCAUAUAAAAUUAUCUCAAAGUGCUUGAAAAGAAAACAACUAACCAAGCAUCAAAUAACAUCUAUAGCCCUUAUAGCUAGAUAACAGAGGUCUGGACUACCACAACUAAUAUAUAGUCCUUAUAGUAGAUAACAGAGGUCUGGGCUACCACAACUAAUAUAUAGCCCUUAUAGUAGAUAACAGAGGUCUGGGCUACCACAACUAAUAUAUAGUCCUUAUAGUAGAUAACAGAGGUCUGGACUACCACAACUAAUAUAUAGUCCUUAUAGUAGAUAACAGAGGUCUGGACUACCACAACUAAUAUAUAGUCCUUAUAGUAGAUAACAGAGGUCUGGGCUACCACAACUAAUAUAUAGUCCUUAUAGCAGAUAACAGAGGUCUGGACUACCACAACUAGCCCUUAUAGUAGAUAAUAGAGGUCUGGACUACCACAACUAAUAUAUAGCCCUUAUAGUAGAUAACAGAGGUCUGGACUACCACAACUAAUAUAUAGCCCUUAUAGUAGAUAACAGAGGUCUGGGCUACCACAACUAAUAUAUAGUCCUUAUAGUAGAUAACAGAGGUCUGGACUACAACAACUAAUAUAUAGUCCUUAUAGUAGAUAACAGAGGUCUGGACUACCACAACUAAUAUAUAGUCCUUAUAGUAGAUAACAGAGGUCUGGGCUACCACAACUAAUAUAUAGUCCUUAUAGUAGAUAACAGAGGUCUGGGCUACCACAACUAAUAUAUAGUCCUUAUAGUAGAUAACAGAGGUCUGGGCUACCACAACUAAUAUAUAGCCCUUAUAGUAGAUAACAGAGGUCUGGACUACCACAACUAAUAUAUAGCCCUUAUAGUAGAUAACAGAGGUCUGGGCUACCACAACUAAUAUAUAGUCCUUAUAGUAGAUAACAGAGGUCUGGACUACCACAACUAAUAUAUAGCCCUUAUAGUAGAUAACAGAGGUCUGGGCUACCACAACUAAUAUAUAGUCCUUAUAGUAGAUAACAGAGGUCUGGGCUACCACAACUAAUAUAUAGUCCUUAUAGUAGAUAACAGAGGUCUGGACUACCACAACUAAUAUAUAGCCCUUAUAGUAGAUAACAGAGGUCUGGGCUACCACAACUAAUAUAUAGUCCUUAUAGCAGAUAACAGAGGUCUGGACUACCACAACUAAUAUAUAGCCCUUAUAGCAGAUAACAGAGGUCUGGACUACCACAACUAAUAUAUAGUCCUUAUAGCAGAUAACAGAGGUCUGGACUACCACAACUAAUAUAUAGCCCUUAUAGUAGAUAACAGAGGUCUGGACUACCACAACUAAUAUAUAGCCCUUAUAGUAGAUAACAGAGAUCUGGACUACCACAACUAAUAUAUAGUCCUUAUAGUAGAUAACAGAGGUCUGGACUACCACAACUAAUAUAUAGUCCUUAUAGCAGAUAACAGAGGUCUGGACUACCACAACUAAUAUAUAGCCCUUAUAGUAGAUAACAGAGGUCUGGACUACCACAACUAAUAUAUAGUCCUUAUAGCAGAUAACAGAGGUCUGGACUACCACAACUAAUAUAUAGUCCUUAUAGCAGAUAACAGAGGUCUGGACUACCACAACUAAUAUAUAGCCCUUAUAGCAGAUAACAGAGGUCUGGGCUACAACAACUAAUAUAUAGUCCUUAUAGUAGAUAACAGAGGUCUGGACUACCACAACUAGCCCUUAUAGUAGAUAACAGAGGUCUGGACUACCACAACUAAUAUAUAGUCCUUAUAGUAGAUAACAGAGGUCUGGACUACCACAACUAAUAUAUAGCCCUUAUAGCAGAUAACAGAGGUCUGGGCUACCACAACUAAUAUAUAGUCCUUAUAGUAGAUAACAGAGGUCUGGGCUACCACAACUAAUAUAUAGUCCUUAUAGCAGAUAACAGAGGUCUGGGCUACCACAACUAAUAUAUAGCCCUUAUAGCAGAUAACAGAGGUCUGGGCUACCACAACUAAUAUAUAGUCCUUAUAGUAGAUAACAGAGGUCUGGACUACCACAACUAAUAUAUAGUCCUUAUAGCAGAUAACAGAGGUCUGGACUACCACAACUAGCCCUUAUAGCAGAUAACAGAGGUCUGGACUACCACAACUAAUAUAUAGCCCUUAUAGCAGAUAACAGAGGUCUGGACUACCACAACUAAUAUAUAGCCCUUAUAGUAGAUAACAGAGGUCUGGACUACCACAACUAAUAUAUAGCCCUUAUAGCAGAUAACAGAGGUCUGGACUACCACAACUAAUAUAUAGCCCUUAUAGCAGAUAACAGAGGUCUGGACUACCACAACUAAUAUAUAGUCCUUAUAGUAGAUAACAGAGGGCUGGACUACCACAACUAAUAUAUAGCCCUUAUAGCAGAUAACAGAGGUCUGGGCUACCACAACUAAUAUAUAGUCCUUAUAGCAGAUAACAGAGGUCUGGACUACCACAACUAAUAUAUAGCCCUUAUAGCAGAUAACAGAGGUCUGGACUACCACAACUAAUAUAUAGUCCUUAUAGUAGAUAACAGAGGGCUGGACUACCACAACUAAUAUAUAGCCCUUAUAGCAGAUAACAGAGGUCUGGACUACCACAACUAAUAUAUAGCCCUUAUAGCAGAUAACAGAGGUCUGGACUACCACAACUAAUAUAUAGUCCUUAUAGUAGAUAACAGAGGGCUGGACUACCACAACUAAUAUAUAGCCCUUAUAGCAGAUAACAGAGGUCUGGACUACCACAACUAAUAUAUAGCCCUUAUAGUAGAUAACAGAGGUCUGGACUACCACAACUAAUAUAUAGCCCUUAUAGCAGAUAACAGAGGUCUGGACUACCACAACUAAUAUAUAGCCCUUAUAGCAGAUAACAGAGGUCUGGACUACCACAACUAAUAUAUAGUCCUUAUAGCAGAUAACAGAGGUCUGGACUACCACAACU